AUGGCACCACACAUUGUUCGAUGGGGCAUCAUGGCCACCGGUGGCAUCGCUGAGAUGUUCACCAAGGAUAUCUUGAUCGACUCCAAUGUCCGCGAUGCUUCAGAUGUGGCCCAUCAGGUCGUGGCCGUCGCCUCAUCCUCCUCGAAAGCUAGAGCCGAGCAAUUCAUCUCUGAUCGCGGUAUCAGCACCGCCUGUUCAGCGUAUGGUGACUACGAGUCUCUUGUCGCUGAUCCCAAUGUGGAUGUCAUCUACGUUGCGACUCCCCACUCGCAUCACUACCAGAACGUGAGACUGGCCUUGGAAGCUGGCAAGAACGUUCUCUGCGAGAAGGCGUUUACCGUCAAUGCUGCGCAGACUAAGAUUCUCGUCGAAAUUGCCCGCAAGAAGAAUCUCUUCCUCAUGGAGGCUGUCUGGACUCGCUAUUUCCCCCUCAGUAUACAGAUCCGCGAGCUGAUCCAGAAGGGCGAGAUUGGUGAAGUCCUCCGUGUCGUUGCCGAUACGAGCUUUGGAGAGGAUGUCGAGAAAACAUGGGGAACUACUCACCGCAUGGUGAACCCUGAUCUGGCAGGUGGCUGUCUCUUGGACUUGGGCAUCUAUUCCCUGACAUGGGUCUUCCAGACUCUAUACCACACCUUGCCCCGCGACCAAAGAAAGCCGCCUACUGUUUCCUCCCAGAUGACUCCAUACCACCUGACUGGUGCAGAUGAGUCCACCACUAUGCUCCUCAGCUUCCCCACCAGCACUCCCUCUAAUGGCCCGCACCCUCAGCAAUCGCAUGGUGUUGCCUUGACCAAUAUUCGUGUCGCUGCCGACCCCGAUGAGGCGGGAUCUGCUGGUCCCUCCAUCCGUAUCCAGGGAACCAAGGGUGAGAUUCAGGUCUUUGGCCCACCGUUCCGCCCAGUGCGGUUCCGUGUCAUCCCCAAGAAGGGCCUGGGUGAGAUUCGUGAUGUUGAAAGCUCGUUCCCGGGUAAGGGUCACGGUAUGUACUGGGAAGCUGAUGAGGUUGCUCGGUGCCUUCGAGAUGGCAAGCUCGAGAGUGAGGGCUUGCCAUGGGAGGAAAGCAUCGUGAUUAUGGAGGUCAUGGACGAAGUGCGAAAGCAGGGCGGUUUGACUUAUCCUCAGAAGAUUGAGUCGACGGAGUACCCUUUGCAGCUAUAA